CGUGAGGUUCACCUGUUGUGGAUGUGCUGACCUACGGACUGCCACUGCAUUCAUCAACUGCAUUAACUUGUUUACGACCCUUUUAUCACUGCAGGCAAUGUCCCUGUUGCUACCAUUCAACUUUUUUAUACUCAACAACCUUAUUGUUCUCGUUUCGCUCUUGGGUCUAUGGGCAGCAUACACUAACGAAGCUCGGUGGGCAAUCCCUUUUUCAUGUCUGUUUUUCGGCAUCACUGUUACACGGAUCGGAUUUGGAAUCAAGAGUGUCAUUGGAUCGUUUGCUCACAAACAGUCCAGUAUUAAUCAAUGCAUCUCCAUAAACCCACAGAUGCUAGAGGCCUGUGAAAACUCAGUAACACACCAGUUAAAACUAACGACCUUGUUCGUGGUGCUAUUUUCACUCACUUGUGUUUAUUGUAUCUAUAUCGAGUUUUUAUACGCAUAUAUGUUGUGGAAAAAUCCAGUACUGUCGGGCGUACAGUCACCACAACUAUUUAGACAAAUGCAACCUCAACCAGCACCCGUAUACGAAAUGGACUCUGUCUUUGAUCCUGUUCCCGUUUACACUCCACCUUACGAAGUACCCAAAGCAAAUGGAUCUACGCAUAACAAUGCCAAUGGGCAAGGACCACUACCUUUAUCUACUUGCGCUGAUAAUGCAGCAGAUCAUUCGGCUGUAUCAGAUUUAAAUGCAUCAUCAUCAUUGACUUCUUCAGUACCAAUAGACGCUUUGAAAACUCCUUCACAUGUGGUCGAGGUAAAUGAAAUGAGCACAGCUACCCAGUCGCCACCUUACUUGCAUCAAGAACCACAUGUGAUUGCUUUACAACAGAAUGAACCCAUUAGAGCAUAUCCGUUGAAUCACACUACUGACAGUCAUUCAGGAAAACCUUGAGCCAUGCAUUCUAUCAUGACACCGCCUUUGGACCUUUUAAAAUCCGUAAUUGGCGAAUCCAUCUUGUUCUUAAUUAUAUGGACUACGUUUGAUGUUUUCAAAAUGAAUAUAUCCUGCUUUUUGAUAAGGGUAAUGGCUUCAUUUAUCAAACGCCCAUUUAAACUCAUAUUUAUGUAGAGUGAAAUACUGUCUCGAAUGACAAUCUAUUCCAAAAUAAAGAAUCGUGAAUAUUGUGCUCAUUCAAG